CAGCGAUAUUUAAUGGAUUUCAAUCUCUCAAAUAGUAAAUUGCUAUAAAAAAUACAACCUAAUCGUGAAUAGUCAGCCAAGAAAUUAAGCAACUCAGAAGUGAAUGCUGCAAUACAGAAAUACUUUCAGAUGACUAAGAGAAAGGAAGGUAAGAUUCCUAAUCCAACAAUCUCUACCACCCAGUCAUCCAAGAUUUUAGGACAACUAGUGACUAAGGUUUCACCCUCUCUAGAUAUCAGUGUUCCUAUUAAGAUUCCGACACCUUCUGGCACUUAAUCUCACAGGCCAUUAUCUGAGAAGAAACCCCAUCAUCGUCCUCAGUAAUCUGUGGGACAAAGCAGGGAUUUGAUUUUACAGAAACUCCAAACAGCAUUGUUCCAGAAGCCUAAGACCCAAUCUCAUUAGACGACACCGAAGUGUAGUGGUGAGGAAAGUGUAAGUGUGAGCAGAUAUUUUGAGAGUUCAAAAAAAUCAAAAGGUGAAUCUCAAGAAUACUACUUAACGAGGGUUAAGAAUGCGUUUUCAAGACCCUUAGUGGAUGAUUACUUCAGUCGAAUGUACAGGGAACACUUUUAUUAAACUUAUCAGGGGAUAUAAGUUGCAUCGUACUUACAACCAGUUUAUCCAAAUGAACUAUAAAAUAAGCAAGUACAUCUAAAAUAGAAGGAAUGUUACAAAAGUAAUCUCAAAUUAUACUUUAGAUAAAAUCACAAUUGUGUUUGAUUUGGAUGAGACAUUAGUCCAUUGCAACGAAAACUUAGCAAUACCGAGUGAUGUUAUAUUUACAAUUCAAGUGUCUCCCCAAGAAAAAAUUAAGGCAGGAAUCAAUGUUAGACCUGGAGCUGUCAAAUUAUUGGAACUGUUAGUGAAGGAUUUUGAAUUGAUAGUCUUUACAGCUUCUCACCCUUGUUAUGCCUAGAAGGUGAUCGAAUAUUUAGAUCCCCAGAAGACUCUUUUUUCUCAUAGUCUUUACAGAGAUAACUGUAUAAUGACUACAGGAGGGAUGUACACCAAGGACCUGAGAAUUUUCAAUCGAUCUCUAAGCCAAAUAGUUUUAGUGGACAAUGCUUCUUAUUCCUAUGCUUGGCAAUUGGAGAAUGGGAUACCAAUAAUUCCCUUCUAUGAUAACAAGGAGGAUAGGGAAUUGGAGUUGCUGUUAAAAUACCUCAAAGGAAUGUAGCAUUGUAAUGAUGUAAGGGAAUAUAAUAGGUAAAAUAUCAUGAAAUAAUAAAGAAAUCAUCUAAGAUUGUAGUACUUCCAAGAUCCUUCAGGGCCAGGACUAGUGUUUGAGAGACUGUUUCAACAGAAAAUGUAAAUCUGAUGAUUUUUUAUUAAAAUGAAGUAUGCUCUCGGCAGUUGAGUAUUCUCAAUUUCAUUGAUUAUUCACAAGUGCAAAUUACUUUGAAACGAUUGUAUAAAAUAUAAAAAUGGAUCCAUAAUUGAGUCACUACACUUAAUUCUUCAUUGUCGUUACUAAUCUGUGCAAGACUAAUCAAAUCACUCCCGAACAGAAGUCCUUACUGAAAAGUAAUCUGACUCGGAAGGAUGAGAAAAUAUGUCGAUUGUUGAUAUAAAAUAGCGGUCCUGGGAAGUAUGAGUUGAAUAUCAUCCAUUUAGAGAGAUGUUAUUGCGAGAAGCCUUGCUUGAUUACUUGGCCGCACAAAACAAACAAAUCUAGCGGAGGAGAUCUCAUAAAUCAAAGACAGUUCAUUUCAUGAAAGACGUAGCAGAGCAGGAAAAGCAACCUGAGAUUGUCCCUCCUCAGGAAUCACCAGCCUAACCAUUGGCGAGUGCUGCAGCUGUCAUGAUUGAACAACUGACAGGAGUUUUACAUAAACAUAUUGAUAAACAUAGCUUACUUGUACCAGAGGAUAAGGAGAAGCUGAUAUAACUGUGCACCUUAAUUUAAAAACUCACAUCUGAGUAGGUUGACUUAGAUGGAAUAAGUCCAUUUAGGGCCAGAUACUCUUCGGAAAAUAGCAAAUUAGCUGAAAUUAGCGAGAAGGAUUUGGAUUCUAGUGAUGAGGAUGUCUACGAGAAAAUGGUAAAGGGAAUAGACGACAUCUAUAAAGAGUUGAAGAGUAUUUUCACUGGAAAUUUGCAUACCCAUUUACUACUCAUGUAAGAGGACAUUUCCUAUGAGAAUUUGUAUUAAGUCUUAAAAUUUUUACUUAAAAUCCUUGUUGAUGCGGACGAAUUCACCUUCUUUAUUCAUCGGGAUAAAGAAUGGGAAGUAUAUUCAUCCUCCAAUGAUUCCAUCAAAGAUGUAACACCUGAAGAAGCUCAAAAAGUAACAGAUGAACUGGCCUAUAUCCGUCCAUUCUGUAUUCACAGGAUCGACCCCAAACAAAGACAAUACCCUUAAAUUGAAGACACUUGCAAAACCAAUGCCUAUUCACAAACUUCCAUUGUAAAGUUCUAGUUGUAAUUGAAGAAUUACGAAGUUCUCUUCUGUCUCCACUGGACUGACAAAGACAAAAAGAAUAUCAAGAGAAAGUUUAUCAAGUAAAUACUACAUUCGCUAUUAAAAGUUAUGCCAAUAUGUAUGGGUUCAACAAGGAUGUGACGCAUCUGGCACAAUUUUUGGUUGAAACCAUCAUAACAGCCAAAGUCCAAUUCUUUAAUCCUCUGAGAUUUGCCGAUUAGGUGUAAGACAUAGGAAUAAGUUUCAUGCGUAUAUCCAGGUUUUUGUUGGUCGAAGGGAUUAAGAAAGUCCUCAGCAUUAAGUUUGAAGUCGAGAAGGAACAGACUUUCUCUACUGAUGAAAACAUGAAAAGGUAGAAGGAAUCCUAGUGUGUGAAAAUAGAGCUUAAGGAUUCGAAUCCAGUCACUUUAAGGAUAAAGGAUAUGGAUUUGAAAAAUGAUUAGGAUCAACACCUGUAUUCAGUGGUAUUUAUAAAACACCUAAAGUAAAGAUUAUUCAAAUCCAAGAGAAAUACGAUGGUUAUGUGAAGUUGUGUUAUGAGAAGUCAGCCUUCUACAAAUAUUUCUUACGUACAACAGAUUCAUUGCUGUUUGAUUUUAAUAAGCAAGGAGAAUUGAUAUUUUUGAGUAGACCCAUUUCUAAAUCAUUAAAGUAUUAGUUUCUUAAACAUUUUAAUAGGGAGAGAUUCAACAUCAACUUUGAUCCCAAAGCUAUUUUGUAUAACAAGAUAUCUUACUAGGACAUCUUUGCUUAGAAUAGUAUCAUAUCGAAUAUUGAGGUGAAUAUUCAAAAUAUACACGAAAAUAGAAGAAAUCAGUAUUUAAGCAAUUUGGAGAAUCCUUAAUUUGAAAUUUUCUUGAAGGUCGUUGACAAUGAUUUUAAGGGAUUCACUGUUAUUUUCCAUGAGAAUGAAGCAAGAAGAUUGAAAUAGUAUUUUAUGGCAUUGAAAAUUGACAACAUGACAAAUGAUGUAUAAAAAGAGGCUGAAGCCAAUAAGUCCUUGGAGGAGGAUAUUUAGAAACAAAUAUUGAUUCAAUACAACAAACAUUAGACCUUUAAGUUUUUAAAUUAAUUAGAUGAAACUCAAGACGUAGCCAAUUCAAUGAUUGCACUUUUCAUUCCAGAAAAUGAAUUAUCUUAGAUUAGACAUCGUAAAACAGAUGGUCGAAGUCCAGAGUAACAUAGCAAAGAUUUGUAGAAUGAUUAAUGGGUUGCACCUCCAUAGAAGAAAAAGAAAAUAGGAUCUAGUGUUUACAUUAAAUACUAACAAUAAUUAGAAGCUGUGGAUGCCAAUCUAUUUAAAGUGAAUAAUAGUGAUUCUUAAUUGGAUUUAUUUGAAUUUAACAUCUUGGUGUUGGAUUCAUCACAAGAAAAACAUCGAAUAGUUUAUAGUAUUUUAGAAAGGAAUGGUUUCAUAUCCUAAUACAAUUUAAAUAAGCAAUGUUUAGCUCAGUUCUUGAGUGUAUUGUAGAAAAAGUACAACAAACGAAACAAUUCCUUCCAUAAUUACGAUCAUGGAAUAGCUGUGAUGUAAAGUGCUCACUUCAUGUUGUAAUGUGGAAAAGCCAAGCUAUUAAUUGAUGAUUUCAGGAGAAUGUCCACCAUUAUAUCAGGUUUGUGUCAUGAUGUAUCACACACUGGCAGAACCAACAUUUUCAUGAUCAAUAGCCAAUCCAAAUUAGCCACUCGCUAUCAUGAUUCUAGUGUAAUUUAAUUAUUGUAUUAUUCAAGCCUCUGGAAUAGCAUCAUGCUGCAAGUACUAUUUUUAUGUUAAAGGAUCCUUCACUCAAUUUUCUGAAGUCCUUAUCAAAAGAACAAACUCAAUAAUUCAGAAGAGUUCUCAUAGAUAACAUUUUAUAUACGGAUAUAAAGGUCCACUUCACAUUGUUAAAAGACUUUGAAAGCAGAAUCAAGGAUGAAGUAACUAAACCAUUUGGUACUGGAGAUGACGAUCUCAAAUUAUUAACAGGGAUGAUUAUACACACUGCAGAUUUUAAUGGAGGAGCCAAGGUCUUUGAGAUAUCCAGAAUUUGGUCAGAAAGAGUUAAUAAAGAAUUUAGUGCUUAAUACGAUGAAGAGGGUAGAUUGGGAAUUCCAUAAACACCAUUCUUGAAAGACCUUGACAAAUUGCAUGUUAUGGCUAAGUCUGAAAUGGGAUUCUUUAAAGUAAUCGUCAGACCCUUAUGGUUCACUUUGAAUACCUUCUUUGUAUUUCAUUAUCACAUUAUCUUAGGAUGGAUACCUCUAGCAAAGUAUAACCAAUCUUGAUAACACCAUCAUUAGUUGGGAAAAAAUCUAUCAUGCUAAUCUUCCCAAAGAGGAGAGACAACAAUAAUCAUGA